CUUUCCCGCGAUGCCCAAAAAGAAGGAGAAGAAAAACGGCGACGGGCAAGACGAAGACAAGAAGAAAACGAAGAAAAACCAAAGCCAGCCGCUUCCCGUGGAAGAAAACGACAAAGAAAAAGAUUUGUAUCUCAUUCAAAUUCGAUUUUUAAGCGAACAGCUGGAGAGAUAUCAGCUGAAAUGUAAGGAAGUGACCAAUGAGAAGAAGGCCUUGAUGUCUCAGUGCAGCUUUCUGGAGAAGGAGAAGGAGGACAUUGUGGACUUUCUCAAGCGCUCCCUGCUGGAGAAAGAGGACGAGCUGGACGACACGUCCGAGCGUCUGCGGGCUCUGCGGCGAGAGGCCGACCAGGGCAUGGAUGCUCUGCGACUGCAGCUGGCUCGGGAGAGACAGGAAGUGGUGGAGCGCAGCGACGAGCUGGCGGAACAGAACGUGAAGCUAGUGGCCAGGCUGACUGCUGUGGAGGAGUUUGAGAGGCAGAAGGAGCAGACGAUGUCCAAGAUGGUGUCGCUGGAGAAGCAGCUGACCAAUCAGGAGGAGGCACACGCCGCUGCCGUGCACGCUGUGGAGAUGAAGGCUCUGCUGGAAAAGCGCAGAUGGCCGCCACAGUUGACCUCUCCCUUCCCCCGGCUGGACAGGCUGGUGAGUCAGAUGGAGGUCCAGGCGGUGGACUUGGAGCGCAUGGCGGAGAGCAAACUGCCCGAGACCACCAGGAGGACCCUGCGGGAGAACCAGCGGGUCAAGGUGCGAUACGGCGUGCUCUCCGAGAGGGCCCACGACCUGGCCCAGGAGAACGCCGCCCUGCGGGACCAGAAGACCAAGCUGGCCGCAGACGUGGACGUCUUGGAGGAGACCAUCAGGGAAAUGUCCCGUCAGACUUGUGUCCGCAAGAAGGUGGCGGAGCAGCUGACCUCAAAGUGCCAGCAGCUGCAGACGCAGCUGAAGGAGAGCAGCCAUGACUUGGAGCAACUUGGGAGCAAACAUGAGAAAGUCCGAGGCCAACUGGAGGAAGUCAGAGACAGCCAUACCAUCGCCAUCAAGCAGUCCAGCAAAAACCGUGCUUUGGCGGCGCGACUGGAGGCGGAGCUACAGCAGGAGAGGGAGAGAAGGUCCAAAAUGCAGGAAGCCGUGGCCGCUGUCAGACAUGUUGUCAUGGAAGCACAUCAGAACCCGGAGGCGGUCCGGUGGAAUCAGCUGAUGCGGAAGCUUCUGGUCAUCCUGGAAGGCCACGCCCCCUCGAUGAGCGACGCCAGCAAGCUCACCUCUGACAGGCGGUAA